GCGCCUCCGUUCGCCUCCAGUCCGGCCGAAGCAGCGACUGUCUGCGCGGCGGGCGGAUGAGCAGCAGCCGGCAGAAGCAACCGAGAGCCAGACGCGACCACGAAGUCACAGCACCGCUUCCCCCCCGGGGUGUGUCUGCGAGGAACCGGGCCCCUCCCGGGACGCACUUGACGAGCCCGGACUUCGCACUAUUUCUUUUAAUUUUUUAUUGUUGUGUUGUUUGCGCGGUUGAGACGCGACACGCAACUCGUCUCCUUGAAGUGAUCCUUCUUUUUCUUUUUCUUUUUUUGGUUUAUGCGGUGACUCCGCACGCACCAGAGGACGAAGCAGGAGGUGGAGGAGGAGGUGGGAAGGAGGAGGGAGUUUCGGUGGUGGAGGUUUUUGAACAGAGCCCCUCGUCCAUGGAGCUAUCGGUCCGGUCCCGGGCGCUUCGCCCCGGAGAGGAGCAGCUACCUGCCCCGGGAAGCCCCGCCGUCCGCCCGCUGUGAAGAAAGUGGAGCACGCAGCCGAGCCCCGGCCGUCCUUGUGAGAGCCGCUGCUUGUAGUUUCUUGGGGGGGGGGGAAGGAAGAAAAAUAAAAUAAUACGGGAGAAGAGGAGGAGGAGGAGGAGGAGGUAGGGGGGCUCCUGGUGCUGAUCCGAGACUCACACCCGAUGCCCGGGAUCCAUAUUUCUGCACGGCGGACCACAGCGAGAUGAUGCCCGGCGACGCUUCCACGGACGGCUGACAUCGCCGCAGCUUUCCGCCCUGCGACCGCGGCGCUCUGAACCCGCUGUUAUUAUUUUUCCCCCCAAAAGGCUCCUCCGGAUCGUCCGCACGCGGCCGUGCGCCAUGGCCUCGCCGCCGAGCCGUCCGAUGGUUCGCUGCCUCUCGCUGCUCGUCUUCUGCUUCCACUGCUCGCAAGGGUUCAGCCGGGCGGCCCUGCCUUUCGGCCUGGUCCGCAGGGAGCUGUCGUGCGAAGGGUACUCCAUCGACCUCCGCUGCCCGGGCAGCGACGUCAUCAUGAUCGAGACGGCCAACUACGGCCGCACCGACGACAAGAUCUGCGACGCCGACCCGUUCCAGAUGGAGAACGUCAACUGCUACCUGCCCGACGCCUACAAGAUCAUAUCGCAGAGGUGCAACAACCGUACGCAGUGUGUGGUUGUCACUGGCUCUGAGGUCUUUCCUGAUCCCUGCCCUGGCACCUACAAGUACUUAGAGGUCCAGUAUGAGUGUGUUCCCUAUAUCUUCAUCUGCCCCGGGACGCUGAAGGGCGUCGGCGACGCCACCUUCCUGUUCGAGGCCGAGCAGCAGGCGGGGUCGUGGUGCAAGGACCCGCUGCAGGCCGGCGACAAGGUCUUCUUCAUGCCGUGGACGCCGUACCGCACCGACACCCUCCUGGAGUACGCCUCCCUGGAGGACUUCAAAAACGGGCGGCAGACGACCACCUACAAGCUGCCGCACCGCGUGGACGGGACGGGCUUCGUGGCCUACGACGGCGCCAUCUUCUUCAACAAGGAGCGCACGCGCAACAUCGUCAAGUUCGACCUGCGCACGCGCAUCAAGAGCGGCGAGGCCAUCGUCAACAACGCCAACUACCACGACACCUCGCCGUACCGCUGGGGCGGCAAGACGGACAUCGACCUGGCGGUGGACGAGCGGGGCCUGUGGGUGAUCUACGCCACGGAGCAGAACAACGGGCGCAUCGUGGUGAGCCAGCUCAACCCCUACACGCUGCGCUUCGAGGCCACGUGGGACACGGCGUACGACAAGCGCUCGGCCUCCAACGCCUUCAUGGUGUGCGGCGUGCUGCACGUGGUGCGCUCCACCUACGAGGAGAGCGAGAGCGAGGCCAGCCGGAGCCAGAUCGACUACGUGUACAACACCAAGCUGAGCCAGGGCGAGUACGCCGACCUCCUGUUCCCCAACCAGCACCAGUACAUCACCGCCGUGGAUUACAACCCGCGGGACAACCAGCUGUACGUGUGGAAUAACUUCUACAUCCUGCGCUACGACCUCGACUUCGGCCCGCCGGACCCCGCCCAAGCGCCGACCAGCGAGGAUCCCUCGCCCUCGUCGGCGGCGCCCAGGACCACGGCGCUCUCCACCGCGCCCGCCUCCACCGCCAAGGGCGACCCCACCGCCGCGGGCGCCGACCCCAGAGACGGGAGGGACCCGUUCGAGGACACGCGGGGCCCGGGCACGGCGGGGCCCACCGCCCCCGAGCUGCCGCCGCGCCCCCGGCGCUUCUGCGAGGCGACCAGGAGGAGGGACAUCGACUGGCCCCGGACCCACGCGGGCAGCGCCGUGGAGAGGCCCUGCCCCAAAGGGACCCGAGGCAUCGCCUCCUUCCUCUGCAGCGCGGCGGGCAGCUGGUGCUCCAAAGGCCCGGACCUCAGCAACUGCACCUCCCACUGGGUGACUCAAGUGGCACAAAAGGUAAAGCGGGGAAACGUGUUGGUUACACAACGCAGGAGCACACACUCGCUCUAUUUUUCCUUUGCCGGCAGAGAUGUGGUCAAGGGUAUAUAUCAUUCCCCCCCCCCCCCCCCCCCCGCUUAUUUGUUACUUAUCACACUGGAAACGGCCACGCUGACAUUUCUCUCGCCUCCGUGGAUACAGGCGAUCGUGGACACCGUCGACAACCUCCUGAGGCCGGAGGCCCUGAAAUCCUGGAGGGACAUGAACGCCACGGAGCAAACGCACGCCGCCACCAUGCUGCUGGACACCCUGGAGGAGGGCGCCUUCGUCCUCGCCGAGAACCUCAUCGAGCCGGCGAUCGUAAAAGUGCCCGCGGAGAACAUCAUGCUGGAUGUGUACGUGUUGAGCACCGACGGUCAGGUGCAGGACUUCAGGUUCCCUCAGACCAGCAGGGGCGGCGCUUCUCUUCAGCUGUCCUCCAACACGGUCAAAGUCAACAGCAAAAAUGGCGUCGCCAAGCUGGUGUUUGUGCUCUACAAACACCUGGGCCAGUUCCUCAGCACCGAGAACGCCACGCUGAGGGGCAACCCGAGCGGACGCAACCUCUCGCUCACCGUCAACUCCCACAUCCUGUCGGCCUCCCUCACCAAGGAGUCCAGCCGCGUGUUCGUGGCCGACCCCGUCGUCUUCACCCUGGAGCACCUGGACAAGGAGCACUACUACAAUCCCAACUGCUCCUUCUGGAAUUACUCUGAGCGCAGCAUGAUGGGAUACUGGUCCACCCAGGGCUGCAAACUGCUGGACACCAACAAGAGCCACACCACGUGCUCCUGCAGUCACCUGACCAACUUCGCCAUCCUCAUGGCCCACCGGGGGAACGUGGGCGACGGCGGCGUCCACGAGCUCCUUCUCACCGUCAUCACGCGGAUGGGCAUCGCCGUUUCCCUCGUCUGCCUCGCCAUCAGCCUCUUCACCUUCUGCUUCUUCAGAGGUCUGCAGAGCGACCGCAACACCAUCCACAAAAACCUCUGCCUCAACCUCUUCAUCGGCGAGCUCGUCUACCUCGUGGGCAUCAACAUGACGGAGCCCAAGCUGGUGUGCUCCAUCAUCGCCGGGGUUCUCCACUUCUGCUUCCUGGCGGCGUUCGCCUGGAUGUGUCUGGAGGGCGUGCAGCUGUACCUCAUGCUGGUCGAGGUGUUCGAGAGCGAGUUCUCCCGCCGGAAGUACUACUACGUCUCCGGGUACCUCAUCCCGGCCGUGGUGGUGGGCGUCUCGGCCGCCAUCGACUACCGAAGCUACGGCACGCAGCGGGCAUGCUGGCUGAGGGUAGAUAACCAUUUCAUCUGGAGCUUCAUCGGACCUGUAACGUUCAUAGUUGUGGUCAACGUCAUCUUCCUGGUGGUCACCAUGUGCAAGAUGGUGAAGCACUCCACCUCCAUGAAACCCGACUCGUCCAGGCUGGGGGGCAUCAGGUCGUGGGUGUCGGGCGCCUUCGCCCUCCUCUGCCUGCUGGGCCUCACGUGGACUUUUGGCUUGUUCUUCCUCAACGAGUCGUCCGUGGUGAUGGCGUACCUCUUCAGCAUCUUCAACACCCUGCAGGGGAUGUUCAUCUUCAUCUUCCACUGCCUCCUGCAGAAGAAGGUCCGCAAAGAGUACAGCAAAUGCUUCCGCCAGUCGCAGUGCUGCGGCGCCCUGCCGGCCGAGGGGCCGCACGCCGCCGCCAAGGCGGCCACGUCCCGCUCCACGGCGCGCUACUCGUCUGCCACGCAGAGCCGCAUACGGCGGAUGUGGAACGACACGGUGAGGAAGCAGUCGGAGUCCUCCUUCAUCUCGGGAGACAUCAACAGCACCUCCACGCUCAACCAGGGGAUGACUGGCAACUACCUGCUGACUAACCCUCUCCUCCGAACCCACGACACUAACCCUUAUAACAACCUGCUGGCAGAAACGGUGGUGUGCAACACCCCCUCUCCACCGGCCUUUCACUCCCCAGGACAGCACUCUCUGAGCAACAGCAGGGACAUCAGCGCCAUGGACACCCUCCCCCUCAAUGGCAAUUUCAACAACAGCUACUCCCUGCGAGACGACACCUAUGAGAGCGUCCGCGCCGCGGGCGACCUGGGGGGCCUCCACCUGGACGACGUCGCCUUCGAGAAGAUGAUCAUAUCCGAGAUCGUCCACAACAACCUGCGGCCCCGCGGGGGCCCCAAAGGCCGCGACCACCCGAGGGAGCAGGAGAGAGCCCCGCCUCCGCAGACCAGACUGACAGUGGGCCGGGGCGGCGGCGGCGGCGGGAGCGGCAGCGAGGACGACGCCAUCGUGGCGGACCACGAGGCCGCCUCCCCCCGGAGGGGAAGUGGGAGAGGAGGCCACGCCACCCUGGAGCUGCUCCUGCACCCCCACCACAAGGAGGUGCUGGAGGCCCCCCUGCUGCCCCAGAGGACUCACUCCCUGCUCUACAGCGCCCAGAAGGCCCCCCGGCGCCUGGAGGGCCCGGGCGGCUCUGAGGCCGUCACUGCGGGAGACGCCGGCUCCAAGUCGCCCGGCAACAACAACAACAACAGAGACUCCCUUUACACGAGCAUGCCCAACCUGAGAGACUCGCCCUCGGCUUCGCCGUACCCCCCCGACGAGGACGAGGACGGGGAGGAGGAGGAGGAGGACGCGGACGGGGAGCAGCUCGCCUCCUCCUCGCCGCGGAGCGAGAGCGAGGACGCGUACCACAAAAGCAUGCCCGAGCUGGGCGACGGGCCGCAGCCGCUCUCCUACUACCACAUCAACCGGGGCACCAGCGACGGCUGCAUCCCGCCGCCCGGCGGCGAGGGCUGCGCGCAGGAAGGGGCGGAGCCCGCCGACGGACAAAUGCAGCUCAUCACCAGCCUCUGAGCGCGGGGACGGCCGCGUAGAGAGAGAGAGAGAGAGUCCGGCUCCGCACUCCACCCGCCCCUUCCUGUGAGGACAGGAAGUGAAAUGUUGUUGGGGGGGAGGGACAAUGAGCAAAGACACGACUUUGUUUUUUGUUUUGUUUUUUUUCUUUGCACACGGAUCCCCGUCAAACACACGAAAGACGCGGCGGGACGAGCGAGGACCGUGAGAGCUGCCGGGACGAGGCACCGAGGCUUCUCGGUUACCGUCGAAGAAUUAAGAAAAAAAAAAAUACUUCAAGCAAAGAACUUUGAAACUCCGGACGUAUUCUCGGGGGACUUUGCAGAACCAGGGUCUUUUUAGUCACCGAGUCCAGAAUAGAAGUCAGUCGGGACUGUAAAGUUAAGAAACCACUAAUUCAGACUCAGGCCUUAUAUUUUCUCUAUUGCACAUUUAACUGUUGUCAGAGUAACAGCUAAAGAAAAUAUAUUUUGCUGUACCACUAGUGUAAGAAUGAAAAAAAAGGAAACGGCAACCAGUCAGUAGUUUCUCCCCGUCGGUGUAAUGCGAUUCUUCAGACGACGUUCAUCCAGAUGGAACUGUGCUUUUUGCUCUCACACUUGACUCGUCGUAUUAUGUUUGAAUAAGAAAACAAAAAGGAGCGAUCCAUAUGAAUUCAUGCUCACGUCUCUGCUUGUGAAGUGCUUUUUGCUUUCAUGAAUGAUGAGUUUUUGCCAGUCGUGUAUUUGUUGACACCGGGCCAUGCGCAGAUUUGGAGUAAAAAAAAACAACUUUGUAAGAAAUUGUCAGGUUUGAAGACUUAUGUUCACGAGGAUAUCGCGACAUAUUUCAUCCUGUGACUUUAAUUAAUUUAUUAAGUGAACUAAAGUGAAAAAAAGAACAUGGUUGGAAAGUGUGAAAAGUUGUUGCAGCACUGAUUUGGUUUGUUUUCUUUCUUUUGUAAGUCCAUCAUCAUCAGCUGAUAUUUAAUUCAACUCCUGUUUGAUAUCAAAUAAAUGUGAAAUUUCUUUCUUGUUCUCAGAA